UGGUUCUGGCCGGAGAGAAUUAAGGGUUGCACAAUGGUGUGUUACAUGACCUGACUGAAAAGGUUUUGCUCGGCAAAGCUUCAGUUUCGUAGUGUUGAGUAAGAUGACCGGUUGUCCAUCAUGUCUACAGCAGCAGUCUUUGCCCGUCUGACACGAGUGGCUUUGAGUCGAGGAACAUUUAUUCAUAGCGGUGCAGCUACCGUGAGACUCCACAGUGUGCGGUCUCUAGCGCUGAGCUCUCAGCUGUCGGGCAAGUCCAAACAAUCUGCUGAUGAUGAGGAGGUGAAGAGCGAGCCCAUUAAGUUCUCAACCAGCAAAGCCAGCCACAGGACCUGGAGAGUUGACCGCUCGAUGGGGAGCCAGUACGAGCGUCCUCUGUGGAAAGUUGUGCCCAUCAGCCUGCUUGCCACCGCCUUCCUGUUGUGGUGCGCUUUCAGGGAUGAGACAGACAUUGAUGCAGCUCUGGAGAAGCAGCUGUACGAGCAUGUACCCAGCGUGCUUUCAAAUGAAGAGGAUACAGCUAAAAAAUAAAGGUGCUUAUCGGAAUAUGUGGACAUGUCGUAUCAGGUUGUAUUUAUUGUGAAUUGUACUGUGUUGACCUGGAACACAAAGUUAAUGCUCUGUGUGGAAAUAAGGCCGUCCAUUGAUACAUGAAUGUCACAAAUAUUCCAAUAACUACAGGUUAGUUCAAACCUGGUCUGGUCUACUCUACAGCUGUUGCAGGCUUUUCUAUUUCACAUUUCUCUGCAGACUGUAUCCAGUUUCAAAAUACUGUUCACUUUGGGGUUUUACUUGUGAUGCUUGAUGUAGGUUAUUACAUCAUGCUGUACAUCAUGAGUUUAAGAGCUAACGUUAAUUGGGACAUGCUCCUUUUUUUUAAGCAGUUUUUGGCAGUAAUGGAUUACAAUGUCAAUAAACUUGACCAACAAGCAUCUGCCAGUCUGUUCUGAAUCACUGUUUCAAAGUGCACAUGAUCACUUGAUGAACAUCCAACUUGUUAGAACAAAGUUAUAGUGCAAAGAAGCCCUUGCAUUGAUCCAAUGGGUCUCCCGACUUUGUAUUUGUACCCAAGGUUGUCUGCAGCAAACUCAAGUCAGGGUGAGGUAGCGGAAAGUUUAUUUACAGCACAAUGAGAAAUCCUAUGACAUGCACACACAGGAUUAAAAAGAUACAGACCCUAAAAUACAUUUGCAGACCUGAGGAAGGAAGUGAGAUAUUCUGCUUUAGAAUUUACAGAUAUGAAGCACUACUCUACAGUGAACAGGACAGCUGAAGGAAGAGUGUGUGAAA